GGCCAGGGUGCCGCCAUGACGGCGGAAGUGAUGGCGGAAGUAGCACCGUUGUCAGGCAGCCGUUGCCAGGCGCCGCGCUGCGUGUCCCGCGCUGGGCGCGCGGACGCUAAGGCGGGAAGCUCGAGCGGCGCCAUGGCCCCAGGUAGCGCGCGGCGGGCGCGGGUCCCGGGUUCCGGGAUUCCGGCGUCCAGGGUCGGCGGCCGGGGCGCUCAGGGCCCCCGCCUAGGCCCCGAGGCCAGAGUCCCCGCUCGGGCAGGGUACCGCCUGCCGGGCGCCCACCCUCGGGCUCCCGGAGCUUGGCUUCCCUCGGGCGCCCGGACUCGUCCCGCCCGCCUCGCUGGCGUUGGCGUCGCCGGGGAAGGCGCGGGGAGCCCUGGCCCCACCGGCUCCUGCCUGGUCCCCGAGGCCCGGCUCAGCCCCGCAGUGGCUCCCGCUCGCGUGGCCGGGCCCCCUGACGCCCGCCGCCCGCUCCCCGCAGCGUGGCAGCACCCGUUCCUCAACGUCUUCAGACACUUCCGGGUGGACGAGUGGAAGCGCUCCGCCAAGCAGGGGGACGUGGCCGUGGUGACGGACAAGACCCUGAAGGGCGCCGUGUAUCGCAUUCGGGGCUCAGUCUCUGCCGCCAACUACAUCCAGCUGCCUAAGAACAGCACCCAGUCCCUGGGGCUGACCGGGCGGUACCUGUAUGUGCUCUUUCGGCCCCUGCCCAGCAAGCACUUCGUUAUCCACUUGGAUGUGUCCACCGAGGACAACCAGGUCAUCCGUGUGUCUUUCUCCAACCUCUUCAAGGAAUUUAAAUCUACGGCCACCCGGCUCCAGUUUCCCUUCGUCCUGGAGGCCAGGACACCCCAGAGAGCUCUGGUGGGUUUGGUCCCCCAUGGAGCCCGCUGGACCUGCCUGCAGCUCGACCUGCAGGACAUUCUCCUGGUUUACCUGAACCGUCGCUACGGCCAUCUCAAGAGCGUCAGGCUGUGCGCCAGCCUGCUGGUCAGGAACCUUUACACCAGCGACCUGUGCUUUGAGCCUGCCAUCUCUGGGGCCCCGUGGGCAAAGCUGCCCGUCACUCCUAUGCCUCGGGAAAUGGCUUUCCCUGUGCCCAAGGGAGAGAGUUGGCAUGACCGCUACGUCCAUGUCCGGUUUCCAAGCAACAGCUUGAAAGUGCCUUCCAAGCCGAUUGACAAGAGCUGUUCACCUCCUGAGGCAGUCCUCCUGGGGCUGGGGCCACAGCCUCUCCCUUGCCCGGUGGCCUCCGGCAAACCUGUGCAAUUCAGUGUGUCUCCAGUGGUCCAGACACCCAGCCCCACAGCCUCCGGCCAGGCCCCCUUGGCACCCAGGCCCUUCCCAGAGGUCAGCCUGUCCCAAGAGCGCUCAGAGGCCUCCAACUCGGAUGGCCCCGUUUUCCAUAGCCUUGAGCCCUGGGCCCAGGUGAAGGCCUCUGACGUCCCCACGACUGCUGCCGGCACCCACGUGUUGACUCACGAGUCGACUGAGGUGCCUGUGGCCCUUGAGGACGCCAGCUCCUGCAAGCGCUUCCUCCCGGACCCUAUCCUGAGGCUCAAGGGCGUCAUCGGCUUUGGGGGCCACAGCACCAGACAGGCCCUGUGGACCCCGGACGGGACAGCUGUUGUAUACCCCUGCCAUGCGGUCAUCGUCGUCCUGCUCGUGGACACGGGGGAGCAGCGCUUCUUCCUCGGCCACACAGACAAGGUAUCCGCCCUGGCGCUGGAUGGCAGCAGCUCACUAUUGGCCUCGGCCCAGGCAAGGACCCCCAGUGUGAUGCGGCUCUGGGACUUCCAGACCGGGCGGUGCCUGUGCCUGUUCCAGAGCCCAGUGCAUGUCGUCUGCUCCCUCAGCUUCUCUGACAGCGGGGCCCUUCUCUGCGGGGUUGGCAAGGACCGCCACGGGAGGACGAUGGUGGUGGCCUGGGGCACUGGCCAGGUGGGCCUCGGUGGCGAGGUGGUCGUUCUGGCAAAGGCGCACACUGACUUUGACGUCCAGGCCUUCCGGGUCACCUUUUUUGAUGAAACCAGGAUGGCAUCGUGUGGGCAGGGCAGCGUGCGGCUCUGGCGGCUGCGUGGCGGGGCGCUGCGUUCCUGCCCCGUGGACCUGGGGGAGCACCACGUGCUGCAGUUCACCGACCUCGCCUUCAAGCAGGCCCAGGACGGCUGCCCGGAACCCUCGGCUGCCAUGCUCUUCGUGUGCAGCCGCAGCGGCCACAUCUUGGAGAUCGACUGUCGGUGCAUGGUCGUGCGGCAUGCCCGCCGCCUGCUCCCCACACAGACUCCGGGCGGCCCCCACCCGCAGAAACAGACCUUCAGCACAGGCCCCGGCAUUGCCAUCAGCAGCCUCAGUGUCUCCCCGGCCAUGUGUGCUGUGGGUUCUGCGGACGGCUACUUGCGGCUCUGGCCCCUGGACUUUUCCUCGGUGCUCCUGGAGGCAGAGCACGAGGGCCCCGUCAGCUCAGUCUGUGUCAGCCCCGACGGCCUCCGUGUGCUGUCCGCCACCUCCUCGGGCCACCUGGGCUUCCUGGACACGCCGUCCCGGGUGUACCACAUGCUGGCUCGCUCCCACACCGCCCCAGUGCUGGCCCUCGCCACGGAGCAGAGGCGGGGACAGCUGGCCACCGUGUCCCAGGACCGCACCGUCCGCAUCUGGGACCUGGUCACCCUGCAGCAGCUGUACGACUUCACAUCAUCAGAGGAGGCCCCCUGCACCGUCACCUUCCACCCCACAAGGUCGAUCUUCUUCUGCGGCUUUAGCAGUGGGGCCGUGCGCUCCUUCAGCCUGGAGGCCGCUGAGGUCCUGGUGGAACACACGUGCCACCAAGGAGCCAUCACCGGCCUGACCGCCACCCCUGACGGCCGCCUGCUCUUCAGCUCCUGCUCCCAGGGCUCCCUGGCCCAGUACAACUGUGCGGACCCCCAGUGGCAUGUCCUCCGAGUGGCAGCGGACAUGGUAUGGCCGGAUGCCCCUGCGAGCCCCAGCACUCUGGCAGUCAGCAGGGAUGGCCGCCUGCUGGCCUUCGUGGGACCCUCCAAGCACACAGUGACACUUAUGUGCUCGGCCUCCCUGGACGAGCUGCUGCGAGUCGACAUCAGCACUCUGGACCUGGCCAGCGGCCGCCUGGACUCAGCCAUGGCUGUGUGCUUUGGCCCUGCAGCCCUGGGCCACCUGCUGGUGUCCACCUCAUCCAACAGAGUCGUGGUGCUGGAUGCUGCGUCAGGCCGCAUCAUCCGGGAGCUGCCCGGUGUCCACCCUGAGCGCUGCUCCUCCUUGAUGCUCAGUGAGGAUGCCCGCUUCCUGCUGAUGGCCGCUGGCCGGGCGGUCAAGGUGUGGGACUACACGACACAGGCCAGCCCAGGCCCCCAGGUGUACAUCGGCCACUCGGAGCCUGUGCAGGCUGUGACCUUCUCUCCUGACCAGCAGCAGGUCCUCAGCGCAGGGGACGCCGUCUUCCUCUGGGAUAUCCUGGCCACUACUGAGAGCGACCAAAGGUUCCCUGGGCCCUCCCCAGCCUGCGAGGCAGGCCUGGGCACAGGACAGCUAGAGGAUGCUGCGUCCAGGGCCAGUGAGCUCCCCCAGCAGCAGGUCCCCAAGCCAUCUCAGGCAUCUCCACCACGGCUGGGCAUUUGUGCCAGGCCUCCCGAAGGUGGCGAUGGCACCAGUGUCACCAAGAAUUCAGGGGCCCCAUGCACCACCUGCCCAGCUUCCCACAAGGCCUUCACACCUGCCAGGGCCAGCCGCGGCCCCCACUCUGCCAAGGGCACUUCCCUGCCUCCCGCCAGCGGUGAGUGGCUGCGUCUGAAGGCUGUCGUUGGCUACAGCGGGAAUGGGCGGGCCAACAUGGUCUGGAGGCCGGACACAGGCUUCUUUGCCUACACGUGCGGCCGCCUGGUGGUGGUGGAAGACCUGCACUCUGGCGCCCAGCAGCACUGGCCCGGCCACCCUGCGGAGAUCUCCACGCUGGCCCUCAGCCACAGUGCCCAGGUCUUGGCCUCUGCCUCGGGCCGUAGCAGCAUGACUGCCCAUUGUCAGAUCCGCGUCUGGGACGUGUCUGGUGGCCUCUGCCAGCAUCUCAUUUCCCACCGUAGCACCACUGUGCUGGCCCUGGCCUUCUCACCAGAUGACAGGCUUCUCGUCACAUUGGGGGACCACGACGGCCGCACCCUCGCCCUGUGGGGCACGGCCACCUAUGACCUUGUGUCCUCCACCCGCCUCCCGGAGCCGGUUCAUGGCGUGGCCUUCAACCCCUGGGACGCCGGCGAGCUCACCUGUGUGGGCCAGGGCACUGUCACCUUCUGGCUCCUGCAGCAACGCGGGGCAGACAUCAGCCUUCAGGUGCAUCGAGAGCAAGUCCCAGAGACAGUGGGGGCUGGAGAGCUGACCUCGCUCUGCUACGGGGCACCUCCCCUGCUUUAUUGUGGCACCAGCUCCGGCCAGGUCUGUGUCUGGGACACACGUGCUGGCCGCUGCUUCCUGUCCUGGGAGGCAGACGACGGUGGCAUUGGGCUGUUGCUGUGUUCGAGCUCUCGACUGGUCAGCGGCAGCAGCACAGGGCGGCUUCGCCUGUGGGUUGUGGGGGUUCUGUCGGAGCUGAGGUGUGAGGGCUCAGGCGCCAGGUCCAGUUCUGUGUUCAUGGAACGCGAGCUGGUGCUGGACGGGGCUGUGGUGAGCGCCAGCUUCGAUGACAGCGUGGACAUGGGCGUCGUGGGCACCAGAGCAGGCACGCUCUGGUUCAUCAGCUGGGCCGAGGGCACUAGCACACGUCUCAUCAGUGGCCACAGGAGCAAGGUGAACGAGGUGGUCUUCAGCCCCGGGGAGUCCCACUGUGCCACGUGCGGUGAGGACGGGAGUGUGCGGGUGUGGGCCUUGGCCAGCAUGGAGCUUGUGAUCCAGUUCCAGGUGCUGAACCAGAGUUGCCUCUGCCUCGCAUGGAGCCCCCAGUGCUGUGGCCGCCCUGAGCAGCAGCGGCUAGCGGCAGGCUAUGGCGACGGCUCCCUGCGCAUCUUCAGCGUCUCCCGCACAGCCAUGGAGCUCAAGAUGCAUCCCCACCCGGUGGCGCUGACCACUGUUACCUUCUCCACCGAUGGUCAGACUGUCCUCUCUGGAGACAAGGAUGGGCUCGUGGCUGUGAGCCACUCCCGCACAGGGAUGACCUUCCGUGUGCUGAGUGACCACCAGGGCGCCCCGAUCUCAACCAUCUGUGUCACACGCAAAGAGUGUGAAGACUUAGGGGUGGAGGGCGCAGACCUAUGGCUGGCUGCCAGUGGGGACCAGCGGGUCAGUGUCUGGGCCUCCGACUGGCUGCAGAACCGCUGUGAGCUUGUGGACUGGUUGAGUUUCCCAAUGCCUGCCACCACGGAGACUCAGGGCCACCUGCCGCCCUCCCUCGCUGCCUUCUGCCCCUGGGAUGGGGCGCUGCUGAUGUACGUGGGCCCUGGCGUUGACAAGGAGGUGAUCAUCUACGACCUCUCCCAGAAGCAGGUGGUGGAGAAGAUACCACUGCCCUUUUUUGCCAUGUCCCUGAGCCUGUCCCCGGGGACCCGCCUCCUGGCUCUUGGCUUUGCUGAGUGCAUGCUGAGGCUGGUGGACUGUGCCACGGGGACUGCGCAGGACUUUGCUGGCCACAACAAUGCAGUGCACCUGUGCAGGUUUACACCGUCUGCCAGGCUGCUCUUCACGGCCGCCUGCAACGAGAUCCUGGUGUGGGAGGUCUCUGGCCGCUGAGAUGCAGCAGGGACAUGGUGCUGUGUGUCACGGCUGGUACCUGGACACAGGCUUGGCAGAGAAGUCAGGUGGUCAGUGGCCUCAUGCUGGGACAGGCCAGGAUUCAUGUAAAUCGUCUGGACAAAGCUGUUGUGAAUUUCGCGAUCUGAAAAUACUUUAAUCUGUUGCCCUUUUGCCUAAAGAAAUUUUAAUAUUUAUAUCUUGUAAUAAACAUGGGCAUUUAUUGCAUUAUUGCUGCAUUGUUGCACCGGCUGUCUCUGGUCACUCCUGGCCUGAGCUCAGCCUCUGCCCGUCCCUUAAUGGGCUGUUUGUCAAGGCUCCUGUAGUGCUCUGAAGCAAUGACGGGUCGGCCUGGCGCCGGGAGCCUGCGCUGCCUGCAGUGCCCGGCGCGUCCACGCAGUGGCGCUGCCACACAUCUGGCCGUUCUGGCCCGCCCGACUCGCUUGUGCGGCUGUGCGGGCGGGGCCGGAAGUAUGGGGCCAGCGCGGGGCCGAAUACCGGAAGUGCGGGGCGGGCACGGGGGCAGAGCGAAAGCCUGAGGACCCGGUCGGGGCCGGGUUCCGGGUCCGGGAGCGGCAGCCAUGAGGCGGGACGUGCGCAUCCUGUUACUGGGCGAGGGUGGGGAAGACGUCGCUGAUCCUGUCCCUGGUGGGCGAGGAGUUCCCCGAGGAGGUCCCUCCCCGCGCGGAGGAGAUCACGAUCCCCGCGGACGUCACCCCGGAGAAGGUGCCCACUCACAUCGUGGACUACUCAGAAGCCGAGCAGACGGAUGAGGAGCUGCGGGAGGAGAUCCACAAGGCAAACGUGGUGUGCGUGGUGUACGACGUUUCUGAGGAGGCCACCAUUGAGAAGAUUCGAACUAAGUGGAUUCCACUGGUGAAUGGGGGGACCACGCGGGGGCCCAGGGUGCCCAUCAUCCUAGUGGGCAACAAGUCAGAUCUGCGGGCAGGGAGCUCCAUGGAGGCCGUGCUCCCCAUCAUGAGCCAGUUUCCUGAGAUUGAGACCUGCGUGGAGUGUUCAGCCAAGAACCUGAGGAACAUCUCAGAGCUGUUCUACUAUGCCCAGAAGGCUGUCCUGCACCCCACAGCCCCCCUCUAUGACCCUGAGACCAAGCAGGUGUGCCCCUGCCCCACCCUCGGUGCCCAGCCCCCUCGAUCCUCCGCUGCUGUUAGUGACCAGAACAGGCCGUCUCCGGGUAACUGGCUGACUCCCAGCAACGUUCUCUCGGAGGCAGAAAUCCUGCUUCGGGCACCCCCUGGCCCCGCAGGCCCUGGAGGACGUGAAGACGGUGGUGUGCAGGAACGUAGCGGGCGGCGUGUGGGAGGACCGGCUGACCCUGGAUGGUUUCCUCUUCCUGAACACGCUCUUCAUCCAGCGUGGCCGGCACGAGACCACAUGGACCAUCCUGCGGAGCUUCGGCUACAGCGACACACUGGAGCUGACAGCCGACUAUCUCUUCCCUCCGCUCCACGUGCCCCCCGGCUGCAGCACUGAGCUCAACCACCUUGGCUACCAGUUUGUGCAGAGGGUGUUUGAGAAGCACGACCAGGACCGCGACGGCGCCCUCUCGCCCACGGAGCUGCAGAGCCUCUUCAGUGUGUUCCCAGCAGCCCCCUGGGGCCCUGAGCUCCCGCGCACAGUCCGCACAGAGGCCGGCCGGCUGCCGCUGCACGGAUACCUCUGCCAGUGGACCCUGGUGACCUACCUGGACGUCCGGAGCUGCCUCGGACACCUGGGCUACCUGGGUUACCCCACCCUCUGUGAUCAGGACUCGCAGACUCGUGCCAUCACAGUCACCCGUGAGAAGAGGCUGGACCAGGAGAAGGGACAGACGCUGCGGAGUGUUCUCCUCUGCAAGGUGGUGGGGGCCCGUGGAGUGGGCAAGUCUGCCUUCCUGCAGGCCUUCCUCGGCCACAGCCUGGGGCACCAGGACACGAGGGAGCAGCCUCCCGGCUACACCAUCGACACGGUGCAGGUCAACGGACAGGAGAAGUACUUGAUCCUGUGUGAGGUGGGCACAGAUGAUCUGGCCACAUCGCUGGACGCCGCCUGUGAUGUUGCCUGCUUGAUGUUUGAUGGCAGUGACCCAAAGUCCUUUGCACAUUGUGCCAGCGUCUACAAGCACCAUUACAUGGACGGGCAGACCCCCUGCCUCUUCGUCUCCUCCAAGGCUGACCUGCCCGAAGGUGGUGUGCUGGUUGGCCCAUCGCCAGCCGAGUUUUGCCGCAAGCACCGGCUACCAGCUCCCGUGCCAUUCUCCUGUGCUGGCCCAGCUGAGCCCAGCACUGCCAUCUUCACCCAGCUUGCCACCAUGGCCACCUUCCCACAUUUGGUCCAUGCAGAGCUGCGUCCCUCUUCCUUCUGGCUCCGGGGCCUGCUGGGGGUUCUCGGGGCCGCCAUGGCCGCAGUCCUCAGCUUCUCGCUCUACAGGGUCCUGGUGAAGAGCCAGUGAGGCCCCUGGUACCUAAGUCCCCUCCCCUGAUGGUGUGGCCCACUGCUGGGGCUCUGCAGGGGCCUCACAGUUGGGGUGCAGGCCGGGCUGCCACUCUGGGAAUGCCCUUCUGCCCGGACUUUUUGUUUCUGAAGGCAGUCGGUCUGCAGCAGGGCCUCAGGCUGCCAUGCACUGUCCUGGCUCCUGCCAGACCCCCAGGGUGGGCCGUGGCAGGUGGCUGAGCAGGAGCUCCCGAGUGCUGGCCACCGCUGUCAGGGGUUGCCCACCUCUGGGCAUCAUGUGUGUUGGGCUGGGGAGCACAGGUGUGGGAGCCGGUGACCCCAGACCUGGAAUUCUCAGGGCUCUAACCCCCUUUCCUGGUCCUGGGUGGCCAGUGGGUGUGAGGAGGGCUGGAAGGCGGAGCUUUGGGCCAAAAGCAGGCAUUGGGGGGUUCCCCCAUCAAGUUUGGAGCUAUUUCUGUGAUUGCAGCAGGGACUGGAGGUUGGGUUCCUGAUUAAACUUCACUGUGUCUUUUC